AUGAACUGCUACUUGCGAAUGAUUCAGGAGCAGAGUGAUGGGCAACUCUGGUGCCCCAGCAGCUUCUUUUGGCCAAAGCUUGAGCUUGGUGGCCACGCUGCGGUCCAGCGCUGGGCUAGGCGUGCCGCUGUGAAUGUGGCCAGCUGUGAUGCCCUUGUGGUUCCGCUGCACCUUGAAGGUGUUGCCACUGGUCGUGUGGGGACCAAGCGUCCGAAGCAACUGCUGCAUUUGGUGCGAACAUUUCGCAUUGUUUGUGACCCCAGGCACCAUAUCCUCUACCUAGAUUCCUUGGGGAUGCCUGCGCCGGAGCUCUUACAGAGCAGGCUGUCAGAGUUUGUCUCCAAAGAGGAUCCAGCCCUUUCAGGCUUGUGGCAGCUUUAUGUGGUCAACAAGAUCCCGACUCAGCUCAACAGCUCUGACUGUGGCAUUUUCGUCCUGGCAUAUGCUGAAUGCGUUGCCCGGAGUUUGCCCCUCCGUGUGGAUGGCUCUCGUAAGAGCAUCGAGAGCAAGCGCCGUGCCAUUGCGCUGGCCGUUGCUCAAGGAAAGCUACCAAGCUCAGAAAAGGCGUCGAUGCAGAGCGGUAGCAGCGAGAAGCGAAUGUACUUGACUUUGUCUCAGGUGUAA